AUGGAAAAUGGAUGGUUUGAAAUGAGCCAUACAAGAAUAAUAUCUAAAGAGAUCAUGAGCAAAACCAAAACUGCGAACGCAUUUAUGCGUUUUCGAGCAGAUAAAAAAGAUCCGGACCAGAAAGUUGAAAUGAAACAACUUUCAAAAGAAGCUGGUGAUGACUGGUCUAAAUUAUCAGAUACCGAAAAAAGAAAAUAUUAUCAUCUUGCAAAGGAAGAUGAAGUUAAGAACGAAGCAGUUUUGAGAAAAAAUAAAUAUACAAAUAAAACUUUCGAAUUAGGUGACAAGUUUUCCUUCAUCGUCGAAACUCCAAUACCAAUUAAAAAGGAAAAUCAACCUCUCGUCAUGAAUAAUCCUCAAAAUGUUUCAAACCUUACCGAAGAAGAUUGGUUUGAUGAAUAUAUCGAUUAUAACGGUUAUAGAGACUCUAAUGAAAUUAUAAAUGGCGUUCCCCCACCAAAAACCACUUCAAAUUCUUUCGGUCGUUAAAUUCAAUCGUUAGUUUAUUUCGUUGAUAUUAUUCGAUUUUUUUUAAUUUUUUUUCACAAUUAAGAUUUUUACAUGUAAUUGUAUAAAUUUACAUUUUUGUCUUAUUUAUGAAUAAAUGAUUUGUUUUUCCUAACUAAGGAUUUAUAAGCC